UAGUACCUUGGCUUUAAUUGCCAAAGAGCUCUGCAUCUGGAAGGAAUUGAAUUGAAUAACAUUGGUAUGCAGAAGUUGACCUGACGUAAAUCCUAUCUGAUGGCUUGAAUUUCAUAAUGUCCUGGAAAAAUUGAGGUGAUGUUCUAAUCAUGUCAGAUAAAGGUAGUAUUGAGACUCCACUGCUAACUGAAGCAGCCCGCAUCCUUAAAGAUAGAAACUGUGAGCCAGCCAAGAAUUCUGAGUCUGUUGACCAAGGUGCCAAGCCAGAGAGUAAAUCAGAACCUGUGGUUUCUACUCGGAAAAGACCAGAGACCAAACCUUCCAGUGACCUUGAGACUUCCAAAGUUCUCCCUAUUCAGGAUACUGUUUCCAAAGAUGUACCCCAGACCAGAUGGGGUUAUUGGGGGAGCUGGGGCAAGUCCAUACUCUCCUCAGCCUCAGCUACAGUGGCCACAGUAGGACAAGGUAUUUCAAAUGUCAUCGAGAAGGCAGAGACUUCCCUUGGAAUCCCUAGUCCCAGUGAGAUUUCAACUGAAGUCAAGUAUGUAGAAGGAGAGACAAAUGCCAAAGAGAAUGAAAACUCCUCCCCAGUGGCCGGGCCAUUUGGUGUAUUCUCGACCAUCUCUACUGCUGUUCAGAGCACAGGAAAGAGCGUUAUCAGUGGGGGUUUGGAUGCCUUAGAAUUCAUUGGAAAAAAGACAAUGGAUGUGAUAGCAGAAGGAGAUCCUGGAUUUAAAAGAACCAAGGGUCUGAUGACCCGAAAUGCUACACUAUCUCAGGUUUUACGAGAGGCGAAGGAGAAAGAAGAGAUAUGGACCGCCAAUGAGGUUACCGUGGAAACAGACAAGAAAACUCAUUAUGGGCUACUCUUUGAUGAAUUUCAAGGCCUUUCACAUCUGGAAGCUCUGGAGAUGCUUUCCCGAGAAAGUGAAAUAAAGGUGAAAUCUAUCCUUAAUUCUCUAAGUGGAGAAGAAUUAGAGACUCUAAAACUUGAAUUAGAGCAACUCAAAGAAGCAUUUUCUCUAGCAGAAUUUUGUGAAGAAGAGGAAGAAGAGAUAAAAGGGGAUGAAGAUUUUACCAAGGAGAUAACAGAGCUGUUUUCCCAGCUGCACGUUUCCUCCAAACCAGAGAAACUUGCCAGGGCAAGAAAUACUGCCCACGAAUGGAUCAGGAUGUCUCUGACCAAGCCAUUAGCAGAGAAUGAAGGAGGACAAAAACAGUUGGAAGCAGAAAACGCUGAGCAAGUCAACAGAAAUUCAAUAGAGGAUAUCCAUGCGUUUGCAAUCCGGAGCCUAGCUGAACUUACUGCCUGCUCAAUUGAACUAUUUCACAAAACAGCUGCAUUGGUUCUGCAUGGGAGGAAGCAGGAAGUGACAGCCAUAGAAAGGAGCCAAACUCUUUCCCAGAUGACAGUUGUGUUGUGUAAAGAGUUGUCCUCUCUGUCUAAACAGUUUACCGCCUGCCUGACAACUGCUGGGGUCAAUGAAAUGGCAGACGUCCUUAACCCAUUAAUCACUGCUGUAUUUCUAGAGGCAUCAAACAGUGCCUCCUACAUCCAGGAUGCCUUUCAGCUACUCUUACCUGUGCUAGAGAUCGCUCUCAUUGAGAACAAGAUUGAAUCACACAGGAAUGAGCUGCAGGGCCAGAAGCCUUUGUUAGAACAUUGAAGAAUGGAGAAGUUUUGACCUGGGACUUAUGAUGGCCAAGAAAUGCCACCUUCUUCUGGUUACUCCUGCAGAAAUGAAGGAGUGGGGUUAUUUCAGUAUAUAAAAAUUCAGGCAGGAGAGAUGGCUUAAAGAAGAAAGUUGUUGCCUUCAGUGUUUGAUUGAAGUGUUCAGGUCCUCACAGUAUUCUUUCCAGUUGUUACAAUUCAUAAAUUAUUUGAAAGGAAACUUGUAGAAAGUCCAAGAAUAAUAGCUCUAGAUAAAGAUUAGUGGGACACUCAGGCAAAAAUGUUGGUCUGUCUUUGACAUAUUGCAAAAUGUUAUCAGUUUUUUCAUAGGUAUAAUUUCCAGCCCAUGGAUAUAACUGGUUGAUGAGCUAGAGAAAAAUAUUUAGUGUUCUAAAAUUCAUGGCAUGUGUGGUUUAUUAAUGCCAUGUACUUUCUCUUUUCUGGAAUAAAAUCUAUGGCUUUAAGAAAACUGAGCAUAUGUAAACUCUGCGGUGAUUACCCUUUAUCACAUGAAUUCUUGGAAAUAGAAAGUUGUAUUUACUUUUUAAAAUUGUUAGUAGAUUUUGGCAUUGAGGAGAAGCUGAUAGACUAUUAUACUUGUAGCCACAUGAAUUAACUAUAGCAAAGUGCCCUUUUUCUUCGAAUCGUUCCCCCGCCCCAGGAUGACACACUUCAUGUCAUAGCUAAACCCUAUUCUACUGGAUUCAAGGCCAGUAAGUGCAAUUUAGAGAAGCAGUUUUAUGUUUGCGGAUAUUCUGAGUCUCUUCCGGAUGUGUUUCAUAUCUACCCUAUGCAGGAUAAAUUCUUUAACAGUAAACUCCAAAGGAAUGUUGAAACUAUUUUAGCAAUGAGUUUUUUUUUUUUGUUUGAGUACUGAAGUGGGCCAUGGUCCUUUAGAAAUGGUGUUCAUGAUAGGAUUUAACAUCUAAGGCACAAUUAAUUUUUUCCUCAUUCUUUUUUGUUUUACUGUAUUCUUUAGCAUGUUUUUGAAUAUAACUUUUAUCCUCCAGAUUUAAGCCUUCUUUUAUUUUCUUCAACAACUUAAGAGACUAUUAAGCUGUCGUCUUUCUAAGAGCUAUUUUGAUAUUCGCUCUUUUAAAAAAAGUUCUCCAACUUUGUGAUUUUUAAUGAUUAAGGUAACUUGUUAGCUCUGCCCCUCAUCUUCUAAAACCUUUGUAAUAAAAUGUAUUAAUCAUGUUA